CUUCUCCUGCCUUCCCGUUUUUUCUCUUGUCUGCAAGAGUUUCUGGCUCUCUGGUGGCUCCUUCUUCCUUGGCCAACCAAGAGGGUUGUCCCACAGGUGCACAAGGCGCAGGCAGCUGCCCUCCUGGCUCUGCCCUGCCCUGCCCUGCCCAGAGGGAUAGCAUUUGGACAUGAUGGCUGGAGGCAACGAGAGGAGCAUGAAGGCCCUGAAGGAGGUGUGGAGAAGAGCAGAAAACUCUUUGUGCGCAGACUGUGGGAAGCCAGAUCCUGACUGGGCAUCCUCUACUUUGGGUGUCUUUAUAUGCCUCAGCUGCUCGGGAAUUCACCGCAACAUCCCUAGCAUCAGCAAAGUCAAAUCCCUGAAGAUGGACCACUGGGAUGAUGCUCAGGUGCAGUUUCUGGCCAAGCAUGGAAAUGCUGUGACUAAAGCCACAUACGAAGCUCACAUCCCUAUUUACUAUUACCAGCCAACCUACAAUGACUGCCAAGUGCUGAGAGAACAGUGGAUACGGGCCAAAUAUGAACGCAAAGAGUUCACCGAGCCGGGAAAACAGCUGCCAUAUUCUGAUGGGGUGAAGGAAGGCAUCCUCUGGAAGCGAGGCCGAGACAACGGACAGUUCUUACCCCGCAAGUUCCUCUUGUCUGAGAGAGAGGGAUGUCUGAAGUAUUUCACCAAGCAGGAUGCCAAAGAACCCAAAAUCAACGUUAAAAUAGAUGUCAUCAAUGCUACAUUCCAGCCAGUGAAGAUUGGGAACCCCAAUGGCCUGCAGAUCACCUAUCUCAAAGACAACAAGACCCGGAAUAUAUUUGUCUACCAUGAAAGUGGAAAGGAGGUAGUGGACUGGUUCAAUGCCAUUCGCUCUGUGCAGUUCCAUUAUCUGAAGGUAGCAUUUCCCAUUGCCAGCGAUAAUGAGAUUAAAAAUCGUCUGACAAGAAACUUCCUGAAGGAAGGAUACAUGGAGAAGACUGGUCCCAAGCAGAGAGAGGCUUUUAAGAAGCGCUGGUUCACGCUGGAUCACCGCAGGCUCAUGUACUUCAAGGACCCUUUGGAUGCAUUUGCUAAGGGUGAGGUGUUUGUGGGCAGCAGAGAGAAUGGCUAUAGCGUCCAGAAGGGAUUGCCUUCAGGGACACAGGGCAACUUCUCUUGGCACUAUGGACUCACCAUUGUCACCCCCGACCGGGAAUACCUCUUCACCUGUGAGACAGAGACUGACCAGCUGGACUGGAUCACCGCCUUCACUAGUGUCAUCAACCAGGCCAUGACACCACAGGAAUAUGCAAUUGAAGCCUACUUCAAGUUUAAAUCCUAGGAAGCCAUGCAGGAACCUCGCUAUGAAUCGACUCUACCUGGUCCUGUUGGGUGGGCUGUCAGGAGAGGAGAGGAGAUCGACAUCAGAGAAACACAGUGCUCUUGAAGCACUCUUUGAAGCACUUUUUUUCCCCAUAGAUGGUCCACUUUAUUCUGGGGGCCAAAUUAAGCUGCUUCCUUUCAAGUCCAAGAUUUUGUGAGUCUGAAUCCUCAGUGCAAACUGUCACUGUUGAAUUGUUGUGAUCUGACUGGAUGCUGGCAGGCCUUGCCUGUCAAUUGGGCCUUGAAAACUUAGCACUUGCUACGUUGGACAUGGGACCUAGCGUCACUCCUGCAUGGAGCUGCAGACAGCCACCAACCUUAUGCAAGAAAACAGCUGCCUGCCUGGAGCUACGCCCCAGUGGGUUGCAGGGGCUGCUGGACUAGCAGAGACAAGAAAUGGCUUCUCUGCUGGUGACAGAGAUGUGAAACACCUAGAUAUUUGAUCAGUUAGAGCUGUAGUUGAGAAAGGUCACUUAAAAGAUGUAAUCUAACAACCAAAUGUGAGGCCUGUUUCCUCCUGCCGUGUGUGGGCUUGAAAGCUUCUUUGGACCACAUUUGUGUGUAGACCUUCCUCCAUUUGCUACAGAGAAUGUUAAGAGUUUUGCUCAAAACCAAUGUGUGUGUACGUUUGUGUGUAUGUGGAUAAUGUGUGUAUGCACGUAACAAAAAGUGGUGGGAGGUGGAAUACUACCCUAGGGAAGAUACUGUGCGGGAUAUUCAUGCCAUUGAAGUUCAGCUGUCAAAUCUGAGUCUCUAAUCAAACCAAUGGGGAGAGGCUGGGUCCAGCAGAGAGCAGUCUAUGGCGUGUCUGAUGCAGACUUUGGACCCUCUGUUGACUUUACUAGAGUGUAGGGGUUGAUGUCUGAAGUUAGUAGCACAUGGAUCUCUGCUCCCUCACUCUCUGUAUGUCGAAGGCCUGGCACUUUCGUUCUGCCCUAUACAUUACAUGUGUAUAUAUUGUGUAUUACAUACACAUACAAUUUUAUGCAGUAGUAGGAAGCCCGUAUGUUCGUGUCCUUCUAGUAACAGUUAGCUCUAACCACUAAAUCAACACAUGAUUCAUAUCUAAAAGAUCAAAGCUCUCUUGGAAGAGCUGUGUUUCACAUGCUGGAAGGACCAGCUGAAUUCUGCUGAUGACUGUAUAAUCUGAUGUGUCUGCAGUUUUACACAGGCAGUGUGAGAGUAGGCAUCUAGUGCGUUAAGAGGAGAUAACUGGAAUUAAUGAGGCAACCAGUAUUUUAAUUAGCUCCUAAAGAAAUGAAUAAAAAAAUCUCAUUGUAAUUUAUUUUAACUUCCUAAAAGAGCUGAGCUGCUAACUGCUAAGGCACGAGGUUGUUUCUUGAAAAAAAGCACAGACAAUCAGAGUAAGGAUACACAGCUAUUCAUGGCAUUUCCUGGGAUACGUGGACUAUGAAUCUUCCCAUCAGAGCCAAAAAAGCAAAGUCAUCGUCCUCCACUGGGGACCCCUCUCCAUGCUGAGACCACCACAACCUUUUGGGAGCAUCAGCUUCUGGGAUGAGAAGCAGCAUCACUCAUCCUGCUGCCAUGGCACAAUGGAGCUUUCCACCCAAAAGUACAUUUUCACUGCAGUUUGCUGAUCUCUCCCAGUUUGGAGCGUGACUGUCCUAAAAACUGAAGGCCAUUGCAAAGCUUGUGUUCCAAAAUGAAGUGCCUUUCGGUUCUGACAAUGUGAAAAUGGGCAGUCAAUUAAAAAAUAGCUCAAGCCCCACCCAAACAACCUGCACAUUCAGUUCUCUGGGAAGAAGAGUAGAGAGCGUGAUCCAGCCGUGCUAAGAUUUCAUACCAAUAACCCAGAGGUUAUCUCUGAACUCUGAAGUUCCCUCCAUCAAUGCUGUAUGUGCCAUACGCCCACUCCUGUGGCACUGCCAUGCUGAAGCUGUUGCUGUUGCAUGCAGCACAUUGCUCGGGAAGGUGCUUGGGUCCUCCUGCAGUGAGGGCAGUACCGGUGGGAUGCUCCCUUCUCCUGUUUGCUGCCGAGUUAUUGCUGCUGGAGAUGAGUGGAGGCAUUUAACUCGGCCACAAUGAAGCCAAAUACGAUGAGAAUGCAAAAGAGCGUGGCUGGAGCUGCCCGAAAACCCCUGAGAACUAACAGCAGGGUGUGUUUGGUAAUGGCUCUGCUCUGAAAAUUCUGCCCCACUGUGUCUGUUCCCUGUGACGAAUGAAGCUCAGAUGUGGGCGAAGAGCAGGGUAGC